UCCGUCCGUAGAAGCUCUCCAGUAAAGGUGGAGAUUUCCUACAGAAACUUUGUGUGUGUAGCGUCCCUCAUAGCAUAGAGGUAGCCACUUCACCUGCAGCAGACCCGGAGCAGUCCGUCCCAGAUGCCUAACGCUGAGCUCUAGCUCUGAGGCUUGCGCCCACCCUCAGGCGUGGUUGCUUCAUGUGGGAAGCAGCUGAUGGGCUGUUUUCUGUGUCCGAGUGGCUGUGGACCAGGAAGCACGUGGGAAGCUCCUCCAGGGCUUGUUGGAAGGACUUGCACAAAGCAGAAGGCAGUUCCUCAAGAGCCGGCCCAGGAGCAUUAUAUUUGCUCGCAAAUGUCGCAUUCCUAACUUAGGGUUUUCUAUAUGCUGCAUUAUAGUGUUUUGUUGUUGUUUACAAGACCAUCUGGGAGUGUGAUUUAUGAGAAGAGGGAGCUCUACAGAAGGAGCGCAGCGGUUUCCUCAGACAGCAGCUGUUUCGGUGCUGUGACAAUACAGAUAAAUACACUGCAUCUAUUGUGCUCUUUUCAUUGUUGACAUUGUCAACAGUUCAUUAGUGGAGCUUGCUCAGAGCUUCUGUCUGGCAGACAAAGGAUGCAGCUCUUGGUUAUCAGGCUCUAGCAGCUCUGUAAAACCAAAAUUAAGUUUGAGGCUUCUGGGUUUGUUUGUUAUUAGCUGAAUUUCAUGGUUCAUUGAUAAUGAUGGAGAUAAAUGAAGCUGGCUGUGUUGUUAUAAAGCUAGGCGCAAGUUGCCUUUUUGUGGUGGACUGAGGCAAUGUGUCUGAGAGGCUUUUGGUGGAAAGGAAUGGAAAUGAGGUGGUUUAAUUCAUGACAGUUGUCACCUGAUAAGAAACUAGUGCUAAAAAUGGUUGUAGGAGCUUGCAUUUUUCAUCAGGCUUUGACUGCUUUGUUCGCUUUUAUCUUGUGCUUCUUGGACAUCUUUUUGUUUCUUGUGGCUCAUCAGGCAACAAGACAGGGAGUGUUGUGGGGAAAACCUGUCUGCUGAGUUCUGUCACCAGGAGGUGUCGUCUCGCCCCCAGAGAUCCUAGGAGGUCCCAUAACUAAUAAUACAUGUGUGGGAAACCCAUCUGCUGGACGGUUUGGACUUCUCAGCUUUUAACUUGCCUCCCUUGCUCUGCACAGGUAUUUGGGUGUGCCAGGGUCCUCACGUGGUCACGGUCACAACCCUUGCUCUGGGGGAUUUCAGUUGGACAGUUGUUUGGGUAGGACUUUGCUCCAUCUGUAUUUUUUACAUCUACUGCAUAUGAACUGAAAAAGAAGAAAUGGCCUGUGUUAGAGCUAGAUGUGUGCAGUGUGGGCAGGGUUUUGAAAGCUCUCUAACUUUCUGCAUCUAACAGAUUUCUCUCAGUAUCUUCAAUAUGGCCAUCACUACCUAGUGGGACUUCUAAAAGCAUGGAGUGAUUUAUGUGCGCUUUGUGUACUCAUAUCUCUUAAAAAAACCCCCAACAAACCUGUCCCUAUUUUCUUCCUCAACAUCAAGUUUAAGAAGGGCAGCACAACAUGUAACAAAUUUCAAAUAUCCAUCCCCCUGCACCCCACUUUUCAACUCUGUCGUGUCCUUUUAGCUGCUCUCUGAUUAAUGCCGCCAAGAUGGAUCACAUCAGUGAUACUGCAUAAAUAGUAAAUUCUUUGUAAAGACUUUAGAGACUGUAGUGGCUCUUGUCAUAUGAGAUGGAUGAAUUUCGCCAUAAGGGGAAUGGGCAAGUGUGUCUGCCCCAAAGGAGGGGUGUUGUAGAAUUAGGCAAGAGGCAUCAAAGAGGAGUUGCCAGACUAAGUCAGACCAGUGCCGUAGCUAGCUCUGAGAUCCUGUCCCUAGUGAUGAGAACCAGAUGCUCCAGAAGUCAGCAUAAAUAACUAGCAGAGAACAGAAAAGUGACAGUCCUGGUCUCUAGUAAUUGGAGAUCUGAUAUCCCUGAUUGCCUGUAAUUAUCUGCCCUUCUCUGGAUCUUAUCAAGUCUUUGGACUUAAGGGAUUCCUGUGGUGUUAUUUCUGCAGACUUAUUGAAGAAAAGUUGUGGGAAAAGAGCUUUCCCAUCUGCUGGUUUUUUUUAAUUUCUUGCCUUUGCAUACCACUGAGUAUUCCUUUGUCCUUCCAACAACCUUUUAUCCUUCCCUCCUCCAUCAGAGAGGAGGCAGCUGUAAGUGGGAGCUGUUUUGGCCUCCUCAGAGUCCAGUCUGAGAUGGUUAAUGCUGUAGUUCCCAGGCAGCGAGGUUCAGGGAACGUGCAUCUGUGGAGAGGAGGGAUGCUACCAGGGCAACUGCUGGGAGGAGAGAGGUGAUGUGGCCAUGAAGCAGGGAAAGAUGCCAGCUGAAGUGGUAUUGAGAAGAGCCCAGCUCAGCAGAGGGAGUAAAUGGGAAGCAGUGCAAAGGAGCAAAAUAGCAGAAAUCAUUGAGCUGAGUUGUCACCUUUCAGCCCUGAUCCAUGUCCCAGGUGAGUAGCUUCAGUUCCUGCAUGAUACUGUGGAAUAUCUGUCCGUGGGGAUAUUCAGAAGUCAACUGGCUGUGGUCCCUAGCAGCCUGGUCUGACUUUGGACUUGGCCUUUCUUUGGAUGAACCAGAUUGAACUCUUCCUUUGGACUUUAUUCUGUGAUUUGGUAUACCUCUUCUCAUGGCUGAGACCUUCCUGUUAUUCCUCCAUCUACCUCCUGUCUUGUGUGUGUGUGCACAUGGGUUAGAACAUAUCUGAGGGAAAGGAGGCAUGAGGGUACAGGAUAAAAAAGAUUGAGCACUGCAGUGUUAAUGAAUACUUUAACUGAGGAAAAGGAGCAUAUCUAUUGCUGAAGCCAUUCAGUCUGGUCAGGGGAGAGAGCAGAGUAGCAGUCUUCUGUGCAAGACAGCUUAUGUGUCUUCCCUAAAGAUUUGAAAUCUCUAAGUGCUGGUGAUGGGCUUGUGCAAAGAGAGAAGGAUGGGCUUAAAAUCUGAAUCUACAGGCCUUAAAUCUUUCUGGUAGUGUCAAUUAGCAGAACGCAGUAAGAUUUCUCCCUGGAGUUAUUUGCUACUCCUUUUUUCACUUUGAUAUCUACUCUGCAGUCUUCCCAUAGGGGAUGGAGAGAGGAUUAGGUAGGGAGGACUCAAUGCAAUAUUUUAAUUUUCAUGGACAUACUAAAAUACACAGCCUUUAGGGGUAUCCCCAUUCCAUCUUGCACACAUCUUCUGAAAGUGCACCUUGGCUUCUGCUCUUGAUCAGCCUCCUAUACAUAUUGAACUGAUUUUGAGAAAGUGGGAGAUCUCUUGGACGUUUUUUGUUCCUCUCCUGACCACAAGCCUAAAGUGGAGUCCUUCAGAUUGGAGAAACAGGGUUUGCCCACAGUUUGAGAUCAUGUAUACAUAGUGACCUGUACAUAGCAACACAUCUCCAGAAAAACAGACUUCUCUGUGUCAUCAUUGAAAGAUGGCAUAUGAGGCAAACUUGACUUAGGCAUGAACUCUUGUGCCUUGGAAGGCACAAGAGGAUUGUUGAGACAACGUGGUCAUUGUGGACAUCAACUGUCAGAACUGCAUUGUGAUUGCAUUACUAGCCAUGAAGCACAUGCUGGGAUUCCCGUCCUGCUUCAUUUGGUAGAAGCAUUCAGAGUGUUUUCUGUGGCUGUCAAAAUAUCAUUAGUUGCAGAUUUGGUGGCUCACGUGGCAGUAACAGGACAGGCGUACCAAGGCUUGUGUGUUGACAUCAGGAAUUGGCUCCUCCUCUGCUGAGCUCGUUUGUUUGCUGCUCGUUUGCAGCUCCAGGCCCCUCUCCCACGCCGUGAGCCAGCGUGCCAGGUACACAGCUGCUGGCCUGCUCUCAGCCUCCUGCAGCUGCUCCAGCACCAGGGUCCCAGAGCAGGAAGGAUGCUGCAGGCCUCCAGUGCUGUUUGUGCCGUGUUUUUUCCAGAGACGUGUUGCAAUGCAUAAAGUUGCUAUGUACGCAUGGUCUCAAACUGUGGGCAAAUCCUUUUUGCACAGUCUUAAGGACUCUGCCUGGGGCUCUUGGUCUGGAAAGGGGCAGAGAAGAUGUCAAAGGGAUUGCCGCCUUCUUUCUUCAAAUGAGACGGCUGACUACGGGGGACGUGCGCACAGCAGAGCCCUGCUCAAAGCAAAUAUCCCGGGUACAGGGCUCAUCACAAUAAAAGAAGCCCAUGAUAUAGAAGCCAGACUUAAUGAAGUGGAAAAGCUUCUGAAGACUAUUAUAAACAUGCCCUGGAAGUAUUCAAGAUCUGAAGUUGUCCUCACGUUCUUUGAGAGAUCUCCUUUGGAUCAAGUUCUAAAAAAUGACAAUGUCCAUAAGAUUCAGCCAAGCUUUCAAAGUCCAGUUAAAAUAUCAGAAAUCAUGCGAUCAAACGGAUUUUGUUUAGCCAACACUGAAACAAUAGUCAUUGACCACAGUAUACCCAAUGGAAAAGAGAAGCACCUGGACGUAGAUUCAGCAGAACACUUGUUUGAAAGUGUUAGUGACUUUACCUCAGAGCUAGAAGACAGUGAUGAUCCAACAGCUUAUGUCACCAAUUUGACAUACUACCACCUGGUCCCAUUUGAGACUGAUAUUUUGGACUGAGGCUGCUCAGUGACGCAGUCAGCCAGCAUCCAGCUGACCUAUUCGUCCACAGGCUCUGCUAUCUCCGGCAUUGCAUCUCUGUGAAUAAGGCUGUGCGGGCAGGACCAACAGCUGAGAAGUUGCAGCAAGUACGCCACGAAGCUGGUUUUGUAGUCUGGCCCUCUGUUCUGUGUUAUGGAGACAUCUUGUAAGGAGGUAGCUGCUUCGCUGUUGACAACAAACUCGUUUUCUGUGAAAGCAACGCAGCCUCUUGGGGCUCGAGGAAAUCUCUGCUAUGUCUGUGGGAACUGCCACUCUGACACAGACAUCGGGAACUUGUGCUGUAGUAUGCUGUCACCAAUGCUCCUUGGUUUGCAGUGCAAGUUGAGGCUUCCUCUUUUAGGAUACCAUCAGAAACUUCCCCAGAUGGUGUGACCACACUUUUUAUGCUAUGUAAGCGAGAAGGCAAACCAGCUGAAUUUUGUCAGUUCCUUCUGCGGUUGCUUAAUGGAGGUCUUGCGGGUCAAUUUUUGCUCAGCUACCGGAUGACUGGUGCCUUACACGAGAUGUCAGAAAUACCAUUGAGUGCCUCCAGGAAACAGAACACGUGAGCUGACCGCUUUGCUUCUUUUAAUCAUGGGGUUUUAUAUAAUCACUGAAGAGGUGGCUACUCUUUCCUGGAACAGUAAAGCAGACAGCAGCUGGCAUUGCAGUGGACCAUGCGUGAUGUUUGGGUACCCGUGUGAUUUCAGAGAUCUGGAAAGCUGAUGGGAAAGCUGAGCUGCCCCCUGAUAAGAAUGGUCAAGACUAUGACAGGCACUUGGAUAUGAUUUUUUUGUCACGUGGACCAGGAAAUGUGAAUGGUGCUUACAGUUGUUUACAUCAGAGAGAUAAUUCCCUAUGCACAUUCCUCUCCAGAGGAUGGGGAGGAAGACAAUGAGAUUUACAUUGUGUUUGGACUGAAAAAGAAUGAUAAGCUACAGUAUGUCUACAGUGGUAGGAAGAACACUCUGUGCUGCCAGCCUGGCUCAAGGAGUCUGUCUAGCUUUCCGAGAUCUGCCUGUGGGGCCGGGUGCAGGCCUCGUUGUCAUGUAAUGCCAUGGGUUUCAGUGGAGGUAGGACGGCGGGAGCAAGAGCGGGAUCAGACCCUGCGGCCUCUUGACUACCAAGUAGUGCAAUGUUAAAAUCUCCUUGGGGUCUCUCUCUUGCAGAGCACUCCAAAAUCCUGGCUCUCACUGUGAGUGCUCAACGCUCACCAACGUGACCUUUCAUUGAGCAUUUUGCGAUCUGUUUGCAAACAUGAAUUUGAAGGGAUCAAAAUUGGAAGGAAUGCAUUUUGGACUUGUUUCAUGGAAAAGGGGCUUGCUCGGUCCUGAAGAAGUUGAUAUAAAUCCCUUCUGCGAAAUUUUCAUUUCUAUCUAUAGAAUAAGAGUCAAACAGAAUUUGCUAAUGUAAAUAAUAAAUUAUUGAGAAUCCUAA